AAGAUUUGCAAUUUUGCACAGUAAUGGCGGAACGAAUCUGUUCGGCUUCGGCCUUAUCCACUGGUCCGAAUGCAAUUGCUUCCUCUUCCGUCGCUUCAGUUCUUUCCCUUCUUCUUCCGCACGCAUAAUGUUUGCGGAAUCGGCUACCUGGUCAAGUUCAAGACCAAGAGUGACCAAUUACAAGAGUCAACUUUUCAAUUUGUUCCCCGCCUCUUUAAUUUCGGUCAAUUCUAUGGUUCGAGAGCUCGAUUUGAGUUUGUGAAAAAGGGGGGCGUUUGUUAGAAAUGAUACUCCCUUUUGUGAAGUUAGGGACUCUCGCUCUGAAAACCUUUUGCAAACCCAUCGCCCGUCGUCUCAAGAAGGACGCCGGAUUGCACCCCAAGUUUAGGCAGUGUAUUAUCAACGUCGCGCAGGCAAAUCACCGAUUUUCGACGAAUGUGCAACGAAGAAUUUAUGGUCGUGCAACAGAUGCUGCCAUACGGCCCCUGAAUGAAGAGAAGGCUGUCCAAGCUGCAGCAGAUCUUCUCGGAGAGCUUUUUGUAUUCACAGUUGCCGGAGCUGCUGUUAUUUUUGAGGUGCAAAGAAGUUCUAGAUCAGAAGCAAGAAAGGAGGAGCUCCGUAGGCAAGAACUCGAGGCAAUGAAACAAAGAGAUGACGAUAUAGCUCGAGAAAUAGAAAUUCUGAAACAGAAAGUGGAGGAGCUGGAACAAUUGUCGAAGGGACGAGGGGUAACCAGCAUCUUUCACUUCAGGCAUCCGCAUACCUCUGAAGCUGAAAAGGCGAAACAUACUUGAUUAUCAGUAAGAUCAAAAUCAAUUCAAGACUAGAGAUGGUAUGGGGGAGAAAGAAGAGCAAGCUACAAGAAAGUCAUUUUUUUCCCCAGCCUUUAUUCAAGAAAUAAGAAAAUGCCAUGAACAAA